GACUUUUCUGCACCCAGCAGCAGGCGCAGAACGUUUUCGCACGCGAGAAACACUCGUUUUCUGCCUGUUUACAAAAGAUUAUCCUGGAAGAUUAUAAAAUUGACUUAUUGGUAACUUAAAUUUGCCAACAGUUGCUGCGGCGGGCAGAAACUUGUUCAGAAAUUUCGGCUUGUUGUGAAAUACAGAAAUGGGCAACACCGUUUCCGCGGCCGAGCUGGUCGCUUCCCACAUUGUCCACACAGAAGCGGCGGCAACACCAAACUUGCCGACCGGACACCCACCUGUCCACCACGAAGGAAAGUAUGCCUCGAUUGGGGCCGCCAGUCCUCCGCCGGAAUGUCCGAUGCACCAGAAGCAGGAGCCGAAGGAGAAGCCAACGCUGAUUUCCGAGUGUCCGGUUAAGCACGAUGAGUCGGACAUCAACCCGCUCAACAUGAUGCCCCCCAUGAAUCAGAACCCUGCCCCCGAUCAGCCGUUUGCACUGCCCAAGGAUCGCCAGGUGUCGUCCAUCCCGAAGGUGACCGAGGACGGCAAGCAGGAAUUUUGGGUGUACCCAAGUCAGCAGAUGUUCUGGAACGCGAUGCUGCGCAAGGGCUGGCGCUGGCAAAAGGACGACAUCACCCCCAAGGACAUGGGCGACAUCAUCAAGAUUCACAACGCCAACAACGAACAGGCCUGGCAGGAGGUGCUCAAAUGGGAAGCGUUACACGCCCGCGAGUGUGGCAACCCGAAACUCAAAAGCUUUGGCGGCAAGGCCACGGAAUACAGCCCGAGGGCGCGCAUUCGCAGCUGGAUGGGCUACGAACUGCCCUUCGAUCGGCACGACUGGAUCGUCGACCGGUGCGGCAAGGAUGUGCGAUACAUUAUCGACUACUACGACGGUGGCAUGGUGGACGAAAAGUACAAAUUUGCCCUGCUCGACGUGAGGCCCGCCAUGGAUUCGCCCGAAAACGUCUGGGACCGAAUGAAGGUCGCUUACAUGCGCUGGAAGUUUGAGCUGCAGGGUAAGUUUAAGGAAGACACCAACACCAACUGAAUUAUGCCCUGCAGGAGAGAUAGGUUCGACAAGAAGGAAUCGCAAUGUCCUUUUAAUUACAAAACUUAGAACGACUACACAAAUAUACCGGAACUUAACUAAUUUGAUCGUUUAACAAUAAAACAUGCACACUUAUCAUCAAAAGCUGUUCAACAACCAAACAUAA